AUAAAUUUUCUUACGAUUUGCUUGACAAUUUAGGACUCCAAAUGCACCCGCAGUAUAAGUAUGGCAUAAUUACCUAUCUUUACCUCAGCAAUUUGGUAAACGAAAUCGGAUGGAUCACGAAGUUCCACGUGUCGAAAUAAUAUUUGUCCAGUUGUUUCAUGCACGUACGUCUCGUCAAAGCAAAACGGCCGUUAAUCCUCGAACAUAUAAACGUAUUUCCCAUUGAUUUAUCUUUUUCCACCGGUUCCACUUCGGGUCCUGGUUUCCUCCAAGCCUACAGGUUCGGAUUGCCAAACACCUAUCAAUGGUCCAGAUCAAAGCCUUCUCAUUAAGCGGUUCAGAUUAAAUAUAACGUGUUACGUUCUCUAUUUGGCCAGAAAAGAGGUUUCUUCUUUAAGGACUCAAAAUUUUCACUUCACGAGUGUUUUGGUGUUUUUUUCCUUUCAAUCCUCUAACUUUUCGAAACGAGUAGUUUGGGUUUUAGAAUUUGGGUUAAAAAAAAUGGCUGAGCACGAAGAGAAGCACGAGGAAUCAUUGAUGGAGAAGCUAGCAGAGAAGAUCCACCGCCAUGAUUCAUCGUCAUCAUCGUCGGAUUCCGAUGACGAUAAGCCAUCGGAAUCGUCGACCAAGGCCAAGGUCUUCCGUCUCUUUGGAAGAGAAAGGCCCGUUUACCACGUUUUCGGUGGAGGCAAACCGGCCGAUAUAUUCCUGUGGAGGGACAAAAAAGUUUCAGCAGGAGCGCUUGGUGUUGUAACUGUGAUAUGGGUUUUGUUUGAAUUGCUCGAAUACUACCUUCUCACUCUAGUGUGUCACUUGUUGAUUCUUGCUCUUGCUAUACUCUUCUUGUGGUCAAAUGCUACCACCUUCAUCAACAAGUCUCCACCACGCAUUCCUGAAGUUCAAAUCCCUAAGGAACCUGUUUUAGAGUUUGCCCAAGCACUUAGGUUUGAGAUUAACCAGGCCUUUGCUGUCCUGCGGGAUAUUGCAUCAGGAAGAGAUCUUAAGAAGUUCCUCUCUGUGAUUGCUGGCUUGUGGGUCUUGUCUAUCGUGGGAAGUUGGUGCAACUUCUUGACACUUUUCUACAUAGUUUUCGUACUGCUUCACACUGUACCAGUGGUAUACGAGAAAUAUGAGGACAAAGUGGACCCAUUUGCUGAGAAAGCAAUGCAUGAGAUUAAGAAGCAGUAUGCAGUUUUUGAUGCAAAAGUUCUAAGUAAGAUUCCAAGGGGACCUUUAAAGGAAAAGAAGAAGGAUUAAAUUUACCGGCCAAGAUGUUCAUGGCUGCUAGGUUCUGACAUACAUCUGGUAGUUGUGUUUUAUGAAGGUGUUGUUAAAUUUUAUUCAGUGCCUAGAACCCUGCUUUCGCCCUUUUAUUUUCGUUCUCACUGGGUUCACAAUGUUAAUGAGUAUGGUAUCUUUUUUAAAUCUGGUUUUGCUACACACAUGGUAGCCUUUCCAUGGAUCUAUAUGCUAUGUGACAAAUAUGUUAUCAUAUUGCAUGUUGAUUAGUGCAUUUUACAUUGGGUUGAAA